AUGAAAAUCAACGAACACCAAGCAAUCCUCACCCCACGCAUCCUCCUCGUGCCAUACUGCACGCACCACGUGCCCACCUACCACUCAUGGAUGCAAGAUGAAGAAAUCCAAAAAGCCACCGCAUCCUCCCCCCUGACCCUGUCCGAAGAACACGCAAUGCAACAAUCCUGGCGACUAGAUCACGACAAACUCACAUUCAUAAUUUGUCUCGCACCAUCCCCAUCCCUUUCCGCUUCAUCCCCUGCCAUCAAAUCAGAAAUCCACGACACCCCCACCAAAAUGAUCGGCGACGUAAACUUAUUUUUAUACGAAGACGAGGAAGAAGAGAAUGAAGUAGACGGGAUGCAGGGAAAAAAGGCAGUCGUAGGCGAAAUCGAAAUCAUGAUCGCAGCACAGUCCUCCCGCAGACAAGGUUUCGCGCAAGAAGCCGUACGCGCUUUCCUGUCUUACAUCUCCUCCAACAUCUCGUCCAUUCUCGAAGAGUACAGAUUGGGCAGCGACGAGCGGAGCGAGCGGUAUAUCAAGUACCUGCGGGUCAAGAUCGGGCAGGAGAAUGGGGCGAGUGUGGGGUUGUUUGGGAAACUGGGGUUUGAGACGGUGGGUGGAGUGAAUUAUUUUGGCGAGGUGGAGAUGAGGAUGGGGUGGGGGGAAUGUGGAGGGUUUGAAGGGGGAGGGAGAGGGAGAAGUUGUUGGGUAUGGAGUUUGAUUGUGGAUUGGUAG